UGAGAAAAACGAUUGAUUAAAUUAAAUAAUGUAUAAUAAUAAGUGUCGUCUAAGGCAAGCAUGUUAAGUUAAGGCAUGCUGCACUUGAGCAGCAGCAGCUGCAUGCAAUUUGCAUGUGCAAGUUCAAAAACGCCGCAACUCAGUUGAGAAUCGAUUUUUCAAACACAAUCAAAAAAUAACAGAAUGUGCCAUUUACAAAUAUAAUAUACAUAAAUCAAAAAUCAAAGACUAGAAACUUAGAAUCCACAAUGCCAGAGAAUUUGGAACUGCAUCAGUUCGUGGAUGGGACACGAACGGGAGAGAUCUCAAAUCAAUGGCUGGAACGUCUGAGGAAUCGCGUUAAUUGCCCAUAUUUGGGCAUCAUACUGGCCACCCUCUCAUCGCUGUUCUUCUCGUUGUGCUCGGUGAUUGUAAAGGGCCUGGUCGAUGUCAAUCCCAUGGAGCUGGCAUCGUUUCGCUUUGUGGGCGUCCUCCUGCCUACGAUACCCAUACUGAUCUACACAAGGCAGCCCGUUUUUCCAGAGGGCAAACGGGUCAUACUGAUGCUGCGCUGCUUUAUGGGCACCACGGGUCUGAUGCUCAGCUUCUAUGCUUUCCGACAUAUGCCGCUCGCGGAUGCCAGUGUGAUCAUCUUCUCCACACCCGUGUUCGUUGCGAUUUUCGCACGCGCCUUCCUCAAGGAGCCGUGCACGCUUUUCAAUGUGCUCACAAUUAAUAUGACGCUGCUUGGCGUUGUGCUCAUCACCCGGCCGCCCUGGGUCUUUGGCGAUCCGGUGUCCGAGCUGGAGACCGAAAAGUAUUCAGAUAAAACCUACGAUAUUUGGGGACCAGUUGCUGCCAUAUCAUCCACGCUGUUCGGUGCCAAUGUUUAUAUCCUGCUGCGUGCGCUGAAGAAUCUCCACUUCUCGGUGAUCAUGACAAAUUUUGGUGCCAUCGCCCUCGUCUACACCCUGAUCGUGUGCGGAUCUAUCGGCGCCGUCUGCUGGCCCAGUUGUGGACGUGAUCGCUGGCUGGUCGUUGUGCUUGGCAUCUUUAGUUUUUUGGGCCAAAUUCUGCUAACGCUCUCGCUGCAGGUGGAACAGGCCGGACCAGUGGCCAUAGCACGCUGUGCCGACAUCGUCUUUGCCUUCAUCUGGCAGAUGAUAUUCUUUGGCGAGGCGCCCAAUGCGUACUCCUUGUUCGGAGCCCUAAUGGUCGUCAGCUCGGUGAUUUUGACUGCCAUGAAGAAGUGGGCAAUGACCCUGCCGCGAGAGUCCUCGUUGCGCAGACGUUUGCGAGUCAUUCUCCUGGAGUAGGACGCAACCAGGUCGCAGUAGUUGUAGUCUUAGUUAAUGGAAUGCUUUAGAUACGUAAGUGGUUUCUCUCAACUACGCCGGCGGACAACGUUUACAAAUCAAAUUUGUUGGGCAUCUGGGAACAAGGCUCAAUAACUAAUUUAGUCGUCGCUCGCAAAUUAGAACGUUUUGUUUGAAAAAAGAAGUACAUAUAUAUAUAUUCGAUUUUCUGAUCAAUUUCUUCUUCACAAAUUCUCUGCUUAGAAGCAGAUGAAAUAUAGCAAAAAUAAUACUCUCACAUAUAUAGAAGAAUUUCAAAUUGAUUUCAUUGAAAUUAGUAUUCUAAUUUCUAAACGCUAUAAUUUUCGAGCGGCAAACGUACUUAAACUAAUUCAUACACUUUAGACUUGGCAUAUUGAAAAGCUCAGCUUAGUAUAAUAAUAAUAAGCGCAUUAUAUAAAGACACCUACAUAUACUUCACAUAGGAAUAAAGUUUUAAAGUUUCGAGCGUGAUACUCUCAUACCAUCAAAGAAAUGUUCAUACAUAUGACUAUGAUAUACAUUCAUAACUACAUUUAUGUUUUAGUUUAGCCAAAUUCAUUGAGUUGUUGUUUUGUACAUUGUUAUACAUGCUUACACUAAAGUAAUUCGAUAAAAGAACAAAACUAAAUAA